CGUACGAGUCAUGCGAGCGCCUAAUGGAAGAUAUUCAGUUUGAAAGAAACGUUUGCGUGGUCCCGUACAGUACAGGCGUGAGGUAUAUAAGUGACGGUUUUCCAUAUUUCAGAGUCAUUGUGAGUUCUCUAGUUGUCGUGAUUGUCUUUAUUAAAGAGUUGUCGUUGCGUUGCCCUGAACGAGAGUUGAUAUUGACGCUAAUUUAAAUGAUGCACAUUAAUAUCCAUCAAUUUGUGUGUUUUUUAUUAUUAUUGUACAUCUUUCGAUGCUGCCGAAGUCUUCCCACCGAUUUUCAAAACGCCACGGAUCCGGUGGCGAUCGAGAAUCAGAAAUGGGUAGCACGUCUUCAACAUACGGAAUUAUUUCAAUUUUCGGGAAACAUUUCCCAUCCUCUCCUUCGCAAUAAACGGUUUUUCGUGCCAGGUACUACAAAAUUAAAUACACAGAAAUCAACAUAUCAAGCUUGUGUUGCGCCAGGUAAUCGAAAAGGCCAUUGCAAACAUUUCAGUGGAUGCAUUCUAUCAAAGGAUUUUCUCAAAAGUUCAAACGCGGAGCGAUUUAUGGAUUAUAUGUGCAUAAUUGAGCAAACAUACAUAGGUAUGUGUUGUCCUGAUGAUGUCAUCACAGCUCGAUCGGAAAAUACGUUUGACGAUGAUUUAGCCAACAAGUUACCAGCGAUUGCGAGUCUCGACGACGACGAGGAAGAGUGGGAUGAAACUCAAGGAAAUGAGGACGAGAACGGGUUAUCUGCCAAUAAAACAAUGCACAACGAUGCGAAUUUGCGAAAAGGUGAGAUAUUGGUUAAGCAAGAGACAAGGAAGCCACGAAGACCUAGAGGGUGCGGCAUAACCACGAAAAUGAAAAGAAUCACGGGAGACCAAUCGGCUGACACUAAAGAGUGGCCAUGGAUGGCGGCUCUUCUUCUUACCAGACAAGAAGCAACUCAGUAUUGCGGGGGUGUAUUAAUUACUGAUAGACACGUACUUACAGCCGCACACUGCGUUUAUAGGUACGAUCCGCACUACAUUACGGUGAGACUCGGAGAAUAUGAUUUUACUAAGGCCGAUGAGACGCGAGCGUUGGAUUUUAUGGUGUCGGAGAUACGAAUACACAGAGACUUCAAAUUAAACACAUACGAGAACGACAUUGCUAUCAUUAAGAUCCAUCGACCCACCGUGUUUAACAGCUAUAUCUGGCCCAUCUGCCUCCCGCCUGUUCAGCAAUCGUUCGAGAAUAAAGACGCCAUCGUUACGGGUUGGGGUACACAAUACUACGGAGGACCUGCUAGCACAGUGCUAUUGGAAACUACGGUACCAGUAUGGCCCCAAGAAAAAUGCGUUCGUAGCUUCACGCAACUGAUUCCGAACACUACUCUGUGCGCCGGCGCUUAUGAGGGGGGUCGCGACGCUUGUCAAGGUGACUCGGGUGGUCCGUUGCUGCAUCAACUCGCCAACGGUAGGUGGGUCAACAUCGGGAUAGUAUCCUGGGGAAUUCGCUGUGGUGAUCCCGGAUAUCCGGGGAUAUAUACCCGCGUGAACUCUUACCUCGAUUGGAUAUUUGCGAACGCCGUGUUUUAAGAGUCACGUAGCCGUUCUCACGUGCCAAAGAUUUUUCUACUUUUAUACAUUUAGAACUUUUUGCACUUACGUAAGACAUACAUUCCACUGAUGGAACGAUCCUUCCGGCUUUGGCCACCGAUGCGACACAUGGAAACGAGUUCAUUAAUAAUGAUCACUCGAUCGGACGCCCGAGGUAAUUGUUAGGCGAUCUUGAAAACGACUAAACUUUAUUUUUCGGAAUAUUCAUUGGUACAUCGUUGAAAGAGAGAUUGACACAGAUAGAAUUUCACUCUUUACGAUGCGUCACACCCCUCCUGCCGCCACACCACCGUUUACAACAGAGCGACCGCGGAGUAUCAGCCACCUGCAUCGUUCGUCCACACAUUAAACACGGGUAUGCAAUUGCGACCGCACGUGCACAUACCUGUCUUGUAUAUGCAUGUAUAGGUGUAUGAAUACGCGCAUGUGUAUAAAUGUGGACAUUCGCAGAUAUAUGCACUCGCAAUCGGUAAUUAAUUUUUCAGACAGGUCACAGACUUCUUUCGCGAGAGGCCCAGCCUCUGUUCGCAACAACUGGCUCUAAACAUUGACGUUAGCUAACUUUUCUUUUGCAGCCAUAUACAUAUAUAUAUAUAUAUAUAUAUAUAUAUAUAUAAUCUAAUCUUAUAACAUAUACAUGUACUUGCGUAUACAUAUAUAUCUUUUUUCUCUUUUUUGUAUUUAUAUAACAUCCUUACACGUGUAGGUACAGAAUUUUGUGUUUGCGCGCGUCUCACGACGCGUUGCGAACGAUAAUAUUUGUCAUGUCGGGCAUGCGACGAUAAACACUGUGGCCGAGCUAUGUCUUUUGUGAUGCUUAUAUGUAUUUGUGAUUCCGUAGACAAGUUUGGAAGGAAAAAUAUAUUUUAAUAAAAACUUUAUAUUGGAAGAAGCUUACGCAAAUAUUUCUAUACAGAAUGUGUUUGAGAAAAUUUAUCGUUCUAUCCCUUACGAUCAAUUAUCAAUCUCGAUUUGACUUCAUUAUUUUCUUCUUUUUAGUAAUUACGAUUAUAAUAUAGAGAGAACGAAAUUUAGUCAAUCGCGAUUGUUUUUUGAUAAAAUGGAUCCUAAGAUCCUCGCAAAGAGAGAGAAUCUAAAUUCGCUUACAUUCGCGAACGGAUCUUAAUUAAUUUGACGUGUAAGGCUCGACGGGAAUCAGGUAUUGGCUGCGGUUAACUUUGAAAAACUUGCCGCUAAGCUAAUUGUAAGCCCAUUGCAUUUUACGUGUCAUCGCAAAUGAAUUGUAACGAGGACAUACACGUGUAAACGGGAAACGUAAAUGUUCUUCACUUUGGUACGAAUAAAUAAAAUGCAUACACGCACGACCGGUAUAAUACUGUGUCCAUAUACAGAAGACUAAGUACCUUGGCAAAAGUACGUCGCCGGUCGUGUAUCUCUAUAAUUAAUUGUCUUUUCCCUUUUUCUUCUUUUGGGCUCGGAUCGUCUAAUCCGAUCCUCAUUGUUAAUCCUUAUCGCACGAUUUGCUCACGCGAUACUCAUAUUUAUUCUAAAAAUUGCAUUAAUCAAUUGGUUCCAUAAUACCUCGUAGAAAGAGAUCACUUUCAGCAUGGAAUCGGUCCCGCCUCAAUUAUACGUAUAUCUAUCGCAAUGCUAAUAACAUAGUCAGUAUUUAUGGUACUACUAAAAGCAAAUCUUUCACUAGUUGAUUACUAGAAUCCUAAUUUAAAAUGUGGACUUUCUAGAAAUCAAGAAACAGUCGUGAAACUAAUGUUAAUUAAUUCAAGAGAAGCACCUUUGUCGUAAAUCUGAUAGAAGACAAUUGAUGCCACGAUAUGUUCACAAAUCACUUUGAUUACUUCCGAAAUGAAGAAUCUGAAUUUUAAAAGCUUUAGUAGAUCAGAAUGAUGAACAAAUCCUCCAUUUACACGUCCGUUCCCCAUCGCCCAUUUCUCUCUCGCUUCAGUUUUGACCACAAUCAUAUUUUGUUUUCUCACCAACGAAUCCGAGCUCAGAUUCCUCACGAUCGCGAGCCUUCGCAGGCUCGAUAGCUGGCAAGCGAAGCAUCGCCGGGAAAGAAUCAUCUUAGGGGAACUAGACUCUGGGGACCGCGCCAGCAGGUAACAGGAGCGGCGCAUUGGGACCGCUCUCAGUGUGAUUGGGCAUGCUCUCGGCCGUCGGAUAUACCUGGUGCAUGGAGUUGUUUGCGCUCGGCGGUCCACUCGUGCGAUUGCGGGACGGCGAGGAGUUGCCGAUCGGCGUCGCGACGACAGUACGCGAUGCGACCACCGAUUUGGGCGCGCCGUUUCCAGUUACGCAAGCAGGAUUAACCGUUGCGGACCUUUGACCCUGAAUCUGG